GAUAUUUUGUAUUGUAAGAUAUUGUCGAGGUCAUGGAUGCGUCAAGUUGUUGUUGGUUGUUGCUGCUAUCUCUGUCCGCCAUGGUUUCAUCGAUGCCUUUACAAGCAUCAUCAUCAACUCAACCGGAAAGCUUUUGCCGCGAUGAUUAUGUCGUUGCUUUGAGCACAGCCUUGCCUAUUACAAGUGAAACGAGGCUGCUAAGUGUUCCUAAGAAUUCAUCAGGAAAUGUUGGCUUUGAUAAAGAACAUGUCACUCGACACGAACUGUUGAGAUUCGAAGCAUAUGAUGUACACAACGACCAAUGGGUUAUACGUACGUGGGACGGAAGUCAUCUGGCUGUCGACGACGACGGAAGAUUAAUUGUCAAGACUGGAUGUGUCACGACCAAAUUUCUCCGAUUUGUUUCACGUGAAAAUCUGUUGAGCUGCUUCGAGGGUAUUCAAUGUAAAAUGAUGUUGUGUGGUACGUCGCUUUCUACCGGAGACUCAUUUAUUGUCAAACAAGACGGUCCAGGUACAUCAAUGUCUUCAGGUCAAUGCCAAAAUUACCAAAAAUUCAACGAAUCGGGAGGACACAGUCUUCAAAAAUCGGGUAAUGAUGAAAUGUCCACUCAUAUGAUGAACUUUUUGCUUACCAGCUCUGACAGCGUAAAUCCAUUGUUGACAAGCGGUUUAAAAAGAAUGUGUCCGAGAGCAUUUGAUUCGAGUGGAAACGCAUCCAAUCAUCGAUGCGUUGUAUAAAUUUUAACUCCUAAAGCAAGGAGAAGUCAACAUAUCAACAGCUUUCUUUGACUUUUUUAUUAAUUUUUAUUCAAUUAAUUUUAAAUUUAUAAAA